AUGGAGGCCGUAGGGAACCUGAGAGGAGCUCUGGAGAGGCGGAUGCUUCAUCUCUGCCCCAACAUCAACACUCAAGACAUCAACUGCAAGUGGUGCUUCCAAGGACUGCUCAACGGCGAGGACAGCCCUGACAGUGAUUGUGGGGUCGUGCAGAUUUUCUCUCUGCAGUAUGGACUCUGCGGUAGUCUUUUGGAGAACAAAGGAGACUUGGGCUAUGAAAUAUCUUCCGAUGGUACCUUGAGCCAUCUGCGUGACAUGGAGAAGGUGGACAUAGUAGUGAUUGAAGGAUGCGAGAAGGUCGAAAAUCCAAACAAGUUCUGGAACACCUACAUGAUCAAAUUAGGCUCCAUGGAGGCGCCAGGAGCGCUUUCGUGGGUGGAAGGGACGGACCCUUUCAUUGUUGCGAAGCUGUUCAGACACAUCGUUGUAUGGCGAAACAACGCGUUGAGGGGAAGAAGCAAUAAUCCGCAUCCUCCUCCUUGGGACAUUCCGGAGGACCUUUACGACAAGUUUACAAUGAACGGGGCGAUAUCGGUCAGCAGGCAUUACGUGGACGAGAGUCUGCCGGAGACUCGAUCCCACUACUCGUACGGGACUUACCAUGCGUCAUUCCAGCGGAUUGAGCGCAUGAUUGAGCAAGCCAGGAAGCAGGAGGUCGGAUACUACGGGGAUACAGACAAGUACCUCUACGAUGCCAUUCAGCGCUUUAGCGGCGGAUCCUUUCAGGGCAUGUCGGUCGUCAUCAUGGGCUCCCUCGAGCCCUGGUACGAGGCUGUGAGCCUGGCAGCAGGAGCCUCGCAAGUCAUCACGUUGGAGUACAACCGCGUGAACUUCGAGCAUCCCAACAUUCGCUCCUUCACCAUGGAUGAAUACAAUGACAUGCAGGAGAAGUCCAGAUUUGAUGUAGCCUUGUCAAUGUCAAGCUUCGAGCACGAUGGGCUGGGCAGAUACGGGGACCAUGUGGAUGCGGACGGGGACUUGAAGGCGAUGAAGAGGAUGCGAGAGAUUCUCAAGCCGAGCGGGCUGCUUUUCCUUGCUGUCCCUGUUGGGAUGGACCUUAUUAAGUGGAACGCACAUAGGAAAUAUGGAAAAAAGAGACUUCCGCUCCUGUUGCAAGGCUGGACCAUCGUGGGUCAGGACGACGACGACGACGACGACGACGACAAUGAUGAUGAUGAUGAUGAUGAUGAUGAUGAUGAUGAUGAUGAUGAUGAUGAUGAUGAUGAUGAUGAUGAUGGUGAUGAUGAUGAUGAUGAUGAUGAUGGUGAUGAUGAUGAUGAUGGUGAUGAUGGUGAUGAUGAUGAUGAUGAUGAGGAGGAGGAGGAGGAGGAGGAGGACGAGGAGGAGGAGGAGGAGGAGGACGAGGAGGACGAGGGAGCUCAUGGUGAACAGGUGGGGAUGACGAGGGAGCUGCUGGAUGAGACGUCUGUCGACUCGCACAUUCAGCCAGUGUUUGUGCUGAGAAACGAGGAAAGCGCAGGGCCUGUUAGUAUAGAGAAGAUGCUGUGA